AAUGUUUCUUACGUUUUAAUAGACUGCAUAUAAUUCAACAAGAAGAAUGAAUAUCGAGAAAAACUAUAAAAAAUCAGAUCCUCGACUGCAUGCCAAUCUUCUGAGUAAAGUAUUUUUCUGUUGGAUAGUUCCUAUAUUUUCUUACGGACGCCGAAACGAUUUGACACCACAAGAUUUGCCGGACGUCUUCCCAAGAGAUGCCAGUGAAUCUCUCGGUGACCAAUUGGAAAGUAAUUGGAGAAAAGAAGUCACGAGAGCCUCGAAAUGUCGGACGAAGCCUAGUUUCCAGAGAGCCAUCAUCGCCACUUUUGGAUGGUCUUUUUCACAACUGGGGAUCGUUACGUUCUUGUUGCUUGUUGUUAUAAAGCCGUCACAGAUAAUAUCCUUGGGUCUUUUAAUCGGGCACUUUGCUCCAAAUGCCUCGUCAUCCCCGAGCGACGCGUAUUGUUACGCUACCAUUGUUGUCGUGGCCACAAUUUUGGAUUCUUCGAUAUUUUGCCACACGCUGUACCAAGCCCGUCAAUUGGGCAUGCGACUGAGAAUAGCAGCGUCCUCUUUGAUAUACAGAAAAAUGAUACGGUUGUCUUGUGCAUCGGCAAACGAGGCUUCGGGAGGAUUAGUCAUAAAUUUAUUGUCAAACGACGUAGCGAGGUUCGAAUUGGUUUUGAAUUUCCUCCAUUACGUGUGGGUGACGCCGAUUCAAAUUUUAGUCAUCGCUUACUUCAUGUGGUGUAAAAUGGGAUUGACGUCUUUGAUUGGGUUGCUGGCCAUCAUUUUACAAACGAUUCCAAUACAAGUAUACAUUGGCAAACUCGUGCAUGCCUUGCGCAAAAAGUUAACGGAAAAAAUCGACCGAAGAGUUUUGCUGAUCAAUGAAAUCAUCAAUGGGAUUCGAGUUGUCAAAAUGUACACUUGGGAGCCGUUUUUCGAAAAACUUUCAUACCUUGCAAGAAGGAGCGAAAUCGAUGUCUUGGUUGUCGUAAAUCAUCUAAAGGGCGCGGCUAGUGCAUCUUUCUUCUACAUCAAUCGAACAAGUCUAUUCAUCACCAUAUUGGUUUAUGCCCUGCAAGACGUCCCCUUAUCUGCUGACAAAAUUUUCAUGCUGUUUCAAUUUUAUUCUACGAUGCAGCACACAAAAGCCAUUGCACUGCUCCAAGGCGUACACAGUUACGCCGAAACUACCGUUUCGGUCAACCGUAUCCGGAGGUUCUUGCUGACCGAUGAAGUACCACCAAAAAACAAUUCUUUGAAUGAAAAUAACAGCGGUACCAUCAGCGUUUCGCUGAGAACAGUCGAUGCAUCCUGGACGGAGGACCCCCCGUUGGACGUUUUGAGUGGCAUUGAUUUCGACAUCCCGAGUACAUCGAUUUUCGCGAUUACGGGAUCUGUCGGCGCGGGAAAGAGCUCACUUUUUAAAUUAAUCCUAGGAGAGCUGCAACCUAGAAAUGGCAAAGUUUCGGUUUGUGGAAGUUUAUCGUACUCCAGUCAAGAUCCGUGGCUCUUCGCCGCAUCCGUCAAGGAUAACAUCCUCUUUGGCGAGUCUUACGACAAAGUCAAGUACAAUCGGGUUAUUCAAGCUUGUUGUUUGGCUGAGGAUUUGAAACAGUUGUCGCAUGGCGAUAGUACCAUAGUUGGCGACAAAGGCUCCUCCUUGAGCGGCGGACAAUGUGCCAGGGUCAACUUAGCCAGAGCUGUUUACCGGGACGCCGACAUUUAUCUCCUAGACGAUCCGUUCUCGGCGUUAGACGCUCGUGUCAAUAAACUCCUGUUCGAAGAUUGCAUUGGAGGAUACUUGAAAGAUAAAACCCGUGUCAUAGUGACUUAUCAAGUGCAGUUUUUGGAAAAAGCAGACUCCAUCAUUUACUUGGAUAAGGGCAAAGUAGUAUUUCGAGGUGAUUUCAAGAGUUUCCAAAGAUUUAGUAACGAUGUCGAGGCUACGCUUAAAAGGGAUUCAUUGGAAAAAUCUUCGGUAGACGAAGAAACUGUCAUCAACGAUGCAGACGCAUCGGACGAUAUUAUUUUUCAAUCUGAAGAAAACGAGGAAUCCAGUGCGGCUGAGGAGCUUUUGGCCAAAGGGAAAAUGAAAAAAACCGUGUAUUGGAAAUAUUUCAAGGCUUGUGGUUCUUAUACUUUGCUUUUGUCGACGCUUGUUUGCUUCGUAUUGGCUCAAGUGCUCAUCAGUGGGAGUGAUUAUUGGCUAGCUUAUUGGACUGAAAAAAAGGAAACGAUGAAUUAUGUGACGGAUUUACAAAAUAAAAAUUACUCUCACACGAAAAGAUCAUGGGAUGAGAAUGAUUCAACAGUAAUACCAUCGACAGUAGGGUUUUCAAAAAAUUAUGGUCUUCACUUGUACGGGAUCCUGAUUUUCGGGACUAUAAUAAUGUCGACCACAAGAAAUAUCUUAUUGUUUAAAAUUUGCAGUAAUUCCAGCUUUAACAUUCACAAUCGAAUGAUUACCAAUGUGCUCAAAGCACCGAUGAGCUUUUUCGAUAAAAAUCCCUCAGGUCGAAUCCUCAAUCGUUUUUCAAAAGACUUGGGAUCAGCAGAUGAAGUCCUUGCGCAAUCGAUGAUCGAAUGUUUGCAAAGGUGUUUUCUCGUGGCUGGUAUACUAGUACAAAUACUGAUCAUCAACCUGUGGAUGGUUUUUCCAAUGAGCGUUAUGCUGUUCUUACAGCUGAAAAUGAAAAAUGUUUACCUCGCGACUGCUCAGAAAGUCAAAAGAUUGGAAGGCAAUGCAAAAAGUCCGCUUCUCUCGUUGGCCAAUUCAUCGCUGUCGGGCCUUUUGACAAUCAGAUCGUGUAGAGCAGAAAAAAUAGUGUGCAAGCAAUUCGACAACCAACAAGACAAUCACACCCCGUCGUACUCUCUGGUGAUAUCCACCCUAACGUCUUUCGGGUACUGGGUUGAUUUGAUAUCGAUAUGCUUCGUCUCUAUAGUAACGUACAGUUUCAUCGUUUUCGACAAAGAGGACACAUCGGACGAGAAAGUUGGACUGGCAAUCACGCAGAUAUUGGGUAUCUGCGAUACGUUGCAGUACGGCAUGAAACUCGCCGGCGAAGUCGUAUCGAACAUGAUAAGCGUCGAAAGGCUCUUUCAAUUCACAAAGUUGGAACAAGAGGGGCCCGUGGAAAAUGAACCGGGAAAUGAGCCACCCAAUGAUUGGCCGUCAAAAGGAGAUAUCGUGUUUGACCAUUUGUAUCUCCGGUACGCCGACGAUGUGGAGCCCACUUUGAAAAAUCUCAAUUUGAAAGUACGCUCUGGUACAAAGGUGGGAGUAGUUGGCCGUACAGGUGCGGGUAAGUCAUCGUUGAUUUCGGCUCUUUUCCAUCUCGCCAAAGUGGAAGGUAAACUACGUGUCGACAACGUGGAUGUAACUAAAAUAAGCCUCCGCGCUUUGCGUGGGAGUAUAAGCGUCAUUCCGCAAGAGCCGUUUUUGUUUUCCAUUUCGCUGAGGGAUAAUCUCGACCCUCUUCGAAAAACCGACGACGCCACGAUUUGGGCGGCCUUGCAAGAGGUCAAUUUGAAAACGAUAUUUGCGUCGCUCGAUCAAUUUGUCAAUCAGAAAAAUCUCAGUACCGGCGAGCGGCAGUUGCUUUGCCUGGCCCGGGCCAUUUUGAAAAGAAGCAAAGUACUCGUACUUGACGAAGCUACUGCUAAUAUCGAUCCCGACACCGACGCGCUCAUACAAAAGGUCAUCAGAAGAAACUUUAAAGAUCGUACAGUUUUAACAAUCGCACACAGACUCAACACGAUCAUGGAUAGCGACAAGGUACUUGUGAUGGAUCAAGGCGAGGCUAUUGAAUUCGAUCACCCUCAUGUUUUGCUACAGAAAAGUGAUACUUACUUCGCAAAAAUGCUGUCUCAGUUGGACAGUGAAACUUGUAAACACUUGAAAAGCAUUGCUUAUAAGGCUUAUAGAACGUUAGAAAUGGUGAAGCGAAAAAAUUGA